CCAGUGCAGAUAUACGUGCAAUUACCCUGUCAACAGUGCUUAAAAUCUCUUCUGGUGCUCGUGGCGUUGCUCCACAAGCGGUGAUCGAUAACGUUCGCCGACCGAUACGGUAUCGAUCGUAUUUUCUGUUCGCGCGUUACACUGCUGCGAGAAGAGUUUGGAUCUCGCGUGUCGCGGCCACGUGAAGGAAAAAUUAAACGUCCCUCCGUCUCGCGGUUCACGGCGAUUCGAAUCGCCGCUGUCGCCACCGCCGCGAUCCUCCGGCAGCGUAGUUUCGCGAUCAGUCGGUACCGCACGCUGCACACGGUGAGUUUGACGUUUCGUUUCGGAGACAACGUGUAGUGACGGGUUUCGUUCGGGCAAAAACGGUGGCGUUCACCGCCCACUUUGUGUACCAUGACUAUCUCAUGAGACCGCUAUAAAUCAAUUGUUAGUUUAUAACGUACAUUGAUGCGUUGCCAAAGGUUCUCCACACUUUCCAUGUUUUCGUAAUCAACGUAACGGAAACAUAAAUACGAGUGGUGUGCUAGUGUGAACAAAAAGACCAGUGAUCAAGACAAAAAAAGAGAGGUUAUCCGCGGAUUCGAGAUGACUCGCCACCUGUGGCUAAAAGCAGCAUUCGCUUUCUUCGUGAUAUCAGGUGCGAGCUGCCUGCGGGAUGUCAGCCUAGAAGUAGUUCCGGAGGUAGUGCAACGUGGUCAGAAGGUGAUUCUGCGCUGCCAUUACGAUCUCGAGGAGGCUCCUCUUUACUCCCUCAAGUGGUACCGUGGCAGGCACGAGUUCUACCGUUACACACCAAGCGAGGAACCGGCUACCAAAGUCUUCAACAUUACCGGGAUUUACGUUGACCACGAGAACUCGAACAAGAGCCAGGUAACGCUCCGCGACGUCGACUUCGCUCUCUCGGGUAUGUUCAGUUGCGAAGUUACAGCGGACGCGCCGACUUUCACCACCGCCUACGUCUCCAAGAAUCUUACGGUAGUGUUUCUACCCGAAGGCACGCCCAUUAUCGUAUCGGAACGCGAACGUUACGAUGCCGGAGACACUUUGAGGGCAAAUUGUAGCUUACCACCCUCCAAACCACCGGCUCAUCUCUCAUUCACUCUGAACAACGUGGCGGUGGAGUCGUACACGAAUCAUCAGCCACAGCCGUAUCCACAGCAGAGGUGGGAUCGUAACGACGCUUCUUCGCUCCAUACCGAUCAGACAGAGAAUCUUCAGUGGAUCGAGAUCAGGGUGAAUCUUCAACCGUUCCAUUUCUCGAACGGCCAGUUGAAUUUACGAUGCAGCGCCCAGAUUCCAGGCAUAUAUUCGGCGAUAAGCGAGGUGCAGCUCGGUGCUGGACUGCGUGAACCUGUGCCAGAGAGGGUGACCUCCGAGAACGGAAGCGAAGCUCCUACGGCCAUCUAUUUGACGAUGCUGAUGCUGUGUAUGCUCCAGCUGUUCCUGAGAUAGUCACGAUACGCCUGAGGCCACGGAAAGGGAGUCCAUGGGCGCCGCACCAUAAACAGCGCACUAGUCAAAAGGAGGAGCAGAAGGAAAGGGAAAGACAGCAGUUUAAGGGCUGACCGAAUCGGUGGCGGGAAACCAAAUAAUAAUAUUGUUGAAUCGGCAUUGGUAUCACGUGUUUUUUAGCGUAUUCGGUUCGGUUUCGUUCAAAGAGGAAUCGAAUACCAUCGCUUUCAUUGUUACAUUCUACGUCGUAUGUCCCCGAUUAAAAAUCGUUCAUUGAGAUCGUGACGAUGCAGGACACUACACGGUUUAUUGAUACGCUUAUCUCGACUUAUCGGAUGAUCCCAUCGCGAUUUAUUCGAGAACGACGCGACGUCGUGAACCGGUUCUCGAUUCGAAGUAUCAUAGAGAAGGGCUGAUAUUCAAUUUAAUAGCACAGAAUGAGAUCAGUAAUUUUCAGUUUUCAAUGUAUCGAUACUAUUUUUUUUUUUUUUAUAUUUAACGUAUCGAUAUUAGGAUUACAUCAGCGAUUUACUGAUAAGCACCAUUUUGUAAAGAAACGUAUGAUAUAUAGAAUCUAGUAUCGAAGAAGCGAUAGAAGUUUAUGAGAAUUUUAUUAUCAUUUGAUGAAAGUGAAAAUAAUAUUAGAAGAAGUUAUUGGAUAUAUAAAAGUCUGCAAUUAAAGUCAGUUUAGUCUUGAACUGCAGAUAUCCAUAUUUUUGUCAUUCAUAAAUUCCUCGUUAGAUUGUAAUCAUAAGAUAAAAAUUCAGAAUUUCAAAGAUCAGUAGUUUGUACAGUCAAACUCCAUUUAUCCCAGCUCAUUAGGCAACAUCAUAAUUGAUAUAAUAUUUCCCAUUUAUAAUUUGUCGUUCCUAUAAUAAUAAUUCAUUUUUCCUCCAAUUCCCACUAGAUAAAAUUUCGUUCGAAUAAAUGAAACCGCUAUACCUUUAUAGUUAAGGAUUACAUUUAACCUAUAUAUAAUAUGAAUAUAAGUACAUCAAGAUUAGUCUAAUAUCACAUACCGUGCUAUUAAAUGGACAACAGCCUUAACACACGCACGAGCUCCUCGUAAUGAAAAGACAGUUAUAAUGUAAUUCGUGUUCUAUCGACAAAUGCUCAAACAAAUUCCGCGACCGAUAAGUAACGAACAACCAAUUGAUCGUUCGAGGACAAGGUCGAGAGUGGCUUUGAAGUGAAAAUCUUUUGCUUGCGUAUCGCGUUUCCGCUUCAAAGGAUCCCUGUCACAGAUAUUCUAUUCCGGUUUCCAUCACGAACGUUGCAAAAAAAAAAAAAACACGUAAUUGACGACGAAACAUAGAGAGCCUGAUUGGCGAAAUAUAAGGUUCCAAACAAGGUAUAGUGGUACAGGAAAAUAUUUGAACACUUAUAGAAACCUUUUAUAAAUAUGUUGUAUGCAUUGUGUAAAACGAUUUGAAAUUUCAUUAACAUUAUAUUGGGACACGAAUGUCAUUAUUAUAGUGAGUAUGAAACCAAUUUACAAAAUAUAUGUAGAAGUUACAAUACAUUUGCUAUAAACAUAUAUUUAGUUAAAAAUUAGUACAGUAUAGCAUGAAUAGUCACCUCGAAACAUAAUAAGUGUUAAAGAUGAUAACUAAGUAUCGAAGCUUGUUAAUAAAAUGGAUAAACUUCUGUGGACUUCGCAAAACAUAUAUUUACAUUAAUUAUCUUGUAUCUUCUAUGUAAAUUUUUUCAUUUGUUCCCAACUUUUUCAAUAUAAUUAUGACAGCCGUGUCUCAUUAUAGUAUUAAUAAAAUUUCGAAACGUUUCGUACGACACACAUAAUUCACGUAAUUUACAUAAUUCACACGUAUUCGUAAAAGGAUUCUACAAUUUAUCGAAUACUUUUAUGAACUACUGUAGAAAUGGUGUUCAAGCACUACAUCAUCCUAUUUCGUCCUUCGAUGAGGGAGGACAGACACGAUCGAAUGUCCUGCCAUUAUUCCACCUAAAGAUGCGUGUCAUGCCGCGCUCUACGUCAUUCUAUCGUGUUUAUUGAACCAUUGUCCGUAGACCAGGUGAAGGACCGGAGAUGGAUGCUAUGAUUUUGAUGCGAAGGGACUAGUCAAGUGGCGCUCGCCAGACUCCUAACUUUUCCUUUCCCUCUUCUCUCUUGCGUGUCCCACGUAGCACAGAAAAAUGCCAGCUACCUUCGUUUCACGUCGUAACCAUGCUUCCAUGCAAAAAUAUUCGCGGUACAAGGUAUUCACGAGAGGAACACGCGCGUACAAUAACACACAUGUUUGUUGAUAUCGUGCAAUGUGUGUAUGUGUGUGAAAGAGAGAGAGGUAUUUUGGGAAAUGUGUAAUAAUCGAGGUUAAUUGAUGUGGUACAGGGAGCUAGGUCUUAGUUUGAUUUAUUUCUGGGAAUAUUUUAUGUAAUGUUAUCGAUUUGUUAUAUGGAUUGAUUGAAAAUUGCAUUUUCGAUUCAUUGGAGAAGGUCUGUGUUAAUUGUUUUACAGUUUAUAAUAGUACUUUAUAUUUAAAUACUUUGACUUCUCGAUGAGUUGUGGAAAUAAAAUUUCAUGGUAUACGAUUAAAGGACCUGAUAAAGGGAUCUGUUACAAAUGUUAUAAGAGGUAAUUACAAAUAUUAAACAGAUUUGUUAGAAAUAGCCGGCGAUAAGUAACUCAAAACUACAAACUUUUAAAUACAACGUAAAAAUUAUUAAUGAAAGAUGUUAAAGUGAUUGAAAUUAUUUCAAGCUUCUAUGAAUGGAAAUACGUUUUGUUUAAGAAGAAUACAGGAUUCUCUUCUGCGUCUAAUAUCUAAUGUUGAUUUUACAUUUUCGCUUGUGGAUAGCGAAAUGUAGGGGAAAUAUAUAUUUGUUUACAGAAGGCCUAUCAUUCUUCUUAAAUUAAAAUUCUGUUACGUUCAAAAUCUCCCCCUUUAUCUUUCUAGUAUCUUUUAAUCGCUAAUUUUAAUAUUAAGUUUCAGCAUUUUAAUGGGAAAUUAUAUUUCGUUUAAAGAAACAUCAUUUUCUACGUUCAUUAGUAUAAUAUUUCUUCCUGCCAAACAGUAUAUAUUUACAUCUAUUUCCAAUUUUUGCCUUCAAGAAAAUUUCCAAUCAAUCUAUAUAUCGUUACUGUCAAGCGCGAAAUAAAGCGGUUUUUACAAAUACUGUAAGAUCUCACUAAUAUUUGCAAUUUAUGCUAUAAAUAUUUCUUCAAUUUUAACAGGGAAGCGAAUAUACCAAAUGAUAAAGUUACUUAAAAUCCUGUAUAAUACUAGAUAUAGAACAUAGAAACUAACGAAGAAAAGAUAAUUAAACGAAACAAAAGCGUAAUUAUAAAUCACAUUGAAAGUUGCGUCAAGUAUCGCGUAAUGGUUAUACCAAACGAAGAAUUGUUACAAUAUGGAAUGGACCGUGAGACAAGGUUUGAAAAGUAUCCCAAAAAGCGCAAUAUUUUUUUAUAUACCUUUCGGUGCGUUUGCUCGAAUAUUUUCCGCUUGCCAACGUAUAAGUUGUCUCAACAAACAAGAGCUUUCGUUUCAUGCAAAAUGUUUCGCAGAAUACGGAAAUUCAAAUAUACCGUGACUCUCGAAAAUAUUUGAACACCUAUUAUGGAAAACUAUGUGUAUAAAACAUUUUUAUAUUUCAUUAGCACGAUAAUGAGACACGAUUGCUAUGAUUAUAUUACUAAACUUUGAAACCGAUCUGAAAAUGUAUAUAGAAGUUACAAGAUAUUUAUUACGAACAUAUAUUCAGUAAGAAAAAUUAGCAUACAGCAUGAAUAGCUAUCUCGAACAUGCAAUAAGUAUUAAUAAAAGAUAAUCUCACUGUGUAUCAAGGCUUAUUAAUAUAAUGUGAACAAAUGACUGUUUAAACACUUUAGUGACGUCUGCUAAUGAAAUUUUAAAAUGUUUCGUGCAACGCACAUAGAAUAUUCAUAGGUGUCUACAAGUGUUUCAAUAGUUUCCGAGCUACCGUAUCUGGUUAAGAAGGGUCGGAUCGAUAGUUUGAUUGUAGAAAAGGAAGCGGAAUUUCAAGGCUGAAGUAGAGACACAACCCCCUCCCACAUGUCUCCUUUUUAUUAAAGGAAGUCUAAAAUUGCUGAAGGAUUCCAUGCGUCUGUAAAGCGUCCACGUGCCGCGUGUUUCUCCAGCUUUCGGAUAGGAAAAUCGUUCGUGUUAUUCCAUAGACAUAGAAAACGCUCCUUUUUACCUACGUGCAUAUGUAACCAGGCCGGAUCUUCGGCAAACUUCACCAAGCAUUUACGCGGGAUGUCGAUGUAAAAAGGAGAACCGGUAUACACAAGGAUAAGGCGAAAGAGAGUUUUAUUCUUCGAGAGCAAGUGUAUCGACAACAGCCAAAGCUACGCGUAUGUAGUGUCAAGCAAGAUGAAUUGACGUUAAGCAUGUAAAUUCUCAACUGUAUAUAAAGCAUUGGAAGAAUGUAGCGCGGUCGACAAAGGUAUCGUGAAAAUUGAUGGCAGGGGUACGCGUCAAAAUUUUUCAUAGAGAAAAUAUACUUGCGUUUUCUUAGAAAUUUCUAUAGAUGAUCACGCGCAUACGUAUUUUAAUAACUUUUGGAAAUUUUUGGUUCGAAAGUCGCAGAGGAAUAUGUGUAACUGUAUACUGUGUUUCGUAAGUAUAAAAUCAUCUAAAGACCUUCAACUUUUAUAUCGUCCUCUGGUGGUAACGUAAUAAGGUAACGAAACGUACUAUGUUUGAAAUCGUACUGAAAAAUAAUGUAAUUUUUUCUCCAGGGAAAGGUACAUUACGUCUCUCUGUAAAGGAAAAUGAUUAUUUCACUGGAAAACUAGGUUAUUCUCGUUUUCUAAGUAUAGAAUAAAAAAAAAAAAUAUUGAAGUCAAGAUACCAGACACGUAAAAUGAAAUUGUAACAUUGUUAGUAAGGUAUGGAUACCUCUCCAUAUCCAAUAAGUGUUAUUGUUCGAUUUUGAACACUUCUUAUCAGAUCUUGUCGUAUUGUACCUUAUACUUUUUGCACAUAUAGGAAUCGAAGAAUUGGCAAUACUGAAAUGGUUUUAUGAAUCAUUUGUUAUGAGUCACAGUAUAGAUGGAGCAUCUAUUUUUUAGCGACUUGUAUAGCGAAAAAUUUACUCGUUUCGCUUGUUUUAUCAGGAGAAAAAGGUUAGUCGCCGGAUAGAGCGGAUUGCGAGUGAAAUACAUCGGAUAAAAUGAUCCUUUUUAUAUUAACCGACAACGCGGCGUUGUGCUUACACCGUGCGCCAUUUCAUAAAUUCUUUUCUCGUUUGUACACAAUUGUAUCUUUCGUCUACCGGCCGUAUCCCCGGUACCGGUCGGGGGUUACAAACGUACACGACUCUGUAUAGGGUUUCCGGUAGAUCCCAGCGUAAACUUAACUGGUAGAUAUUUUUCCGUGUGCAAGAACACGGUUGGAAAAAAGUGAAGAAUAAAUUUUUGUAAGUGUACAUGCGGCUUUCGAAAGAGAUGACGGUGAACGCGAAGCAACUAUGGAUUUAACGGAAACAAUGGAUAAAAUUUGUAGAAUAGAUAUACCAGAAAAAUACUCCGAUGUACGUUCAGCUUACGAAGAAGUAAUGCUACAAUGUUGUAACGAAUAGCUGCCAUGUUACAUAUUUGAAACGAAAAGUGAAACUUUACAUUGUAAAAUUUCGUUGGAAAUAUCAUUUAUACUGAUCAAAAAGAAAAAAAAAAGAGAAGAGAAAAAUCAAAUACUCGCGUUUCACAUUCAAUCGACGUCUUAAAAUACCAAAGAGAUAUUUGCUUUUGCCUUUUUAUCACGUAAAACGCGUUAUUUUUCCUUUUUUCUUAGCGUAAAGAAUUACUUUAACAUGGUUGUAUGUAUUAUAAGGAAGAAAGAUCCAACAGUUUCGAUUAAAACUGCCAUUAUUCAUAAUCUGAAUGAUAUAUUUCCAGUGACGAAGUUAACGCAUUUCGUGUUGUAUCUAUUAUUUCUGAAAUUUGCUUAAUCGUCAGCGAAACUUCCAGUAUUUCCAUUUAAAAGAUCUAGAAAAAUUUCCAGAAUUGAAAGAGUAUUUAAUAUUGAUAUAAAAAAGAUGUACUUUUAUCGAAAUCGGCGAUUAAGUGACAAUACAAGAGAAACGCGAAAUGCGUUGACUUCACUCAACAACCAUUGUUACAAGUAAUAACUCCCUGUAUAAAUACACUACUGCUCGAAUGUAUUCGGACACUUGCUUAUUUUUAACACGACGUUUUAUGUAAUUAAAUUACAGAUCAAAAGAGCAGCUGAUUUUAUCUAUUUUAUUAUUAUUGUGACAGCUAUCUUAGAACAUUAUGAAACGAUAAAAUUGUAAAUUUGUCGUAAAUUGUACAUUUGUAAAAACUAAUAUGCGACAGCAGAAUUGGUAUCUGUAAGUAUCAAACUUUAUAGACCGCUUUCGUUACUUGAGAUGUUCUUUAUCUUUAAGUUGUUUAGUUAUUAAGCUAUAGACCGUAUUAAAGAGGUUCUUAAUUCACAUGGUAAUAUUUAAAAUUGGAUAUAUCGAUGAAUUGCAUAUUUAAUUUGAAUAAACUGUUGCUAAAUUUUUAAAUAAAUAAUUUAAAUCUACACGAUCUCUCUAUUAAUUCCAUAAGAUGAUAAUAAACAUGCCACUGGCCACUA